AUGCCCGAGCAGACAGACAAGCGCCGCUCCUGGUGGGGGAUCCUAACACCAACAGAAAAGGCCCCCCAAAGUCUCUCAGGGGCAGCACGCUUAUCCCAGCCAGAUCUGUUUGCAGGAUACAUGGCCUCUCAACAUCACAACAACCAGGACACAGAUGUCAAGUCUCGGAUGUUGGUCCAUAACCAGCAUGACCCUGACUUUAUGGCCUCGACCACCACAGUGACUACCACCAAAUCCGAGCAUUCAGGGACCGGAAGCCACCAUGGGACUUCCAACCAUAUCGACGGCACACAGUCAUUACGACGGGUCCCCUCGAAACUGGACCUGUUCAAAAAAUCGACGCUCUCAAAACGCAACAAGAACAAGGACAAGGGCGCCUCUAAGUUUGCAACGAUCACCACUGCCUGGUCAUCCAGUCGAUCGACACUACCAGACAGGACUGCCGUGGGCUCUGUCUCGAGCACCACCAUGGAUCUGACACACUUUGAAAAGGCAGCUGCGAUGGAAGAACAACAACAACAGCAAAAUGAUGUCAUGGUCUUUUCGAUUUCUGAGCAGCAGGACAUGGUCGAUGGAGAACGGGAACGCGAUGUUAACAUUGCCGAAAAACUGGAGGUCUACUUACGUAAAGUGGCGUCGCAUGAGCCCCUCCGGAGCUCGACCGUCUUCCAAGAGUUCUUGGCUGUCUCGCAGGAAGGUGAUUUGGUGUAUUCCAAGGAGCAGCCUAGGAAUGGGUUCGGCGGGCCGGUUAAAGGAAGAGGGUAUGAGUCGUCACAGUCGGAUUUGGAUCUGACGAGUGGGAGUGAUUCGGAUUCUUCGGCGGCUGUUGGGGCGUAUCAUAAUCAUCAUCGGCAAGGUAAUGGUAUCAGCAGGCAGGAACAAAGUGUGCCACAACAGCAGCAGCACCAGCAGCAGCAGCAUGUCGAGGAGACGGUGGAGGUUGUAAGGAGAGAGCCUAAGAUGCGCGGGAGCAGGGUUCGACCGGGUUUGCCCCAGAUCCAGGAGCGCAAGAAGGUCUCUAUUGACGACUUCCAGCUCAUCAAAGUCCUCGGCAGAGGUUGCAUGGGCAAGGUUAUGCUGGUGCGAGAACACAAGUCCAAAAAACUCUUUGCCCUUAAGGCAAUCUCCAAAGAAUGGGUCAUCCUCCAACGCGAAAUCGAACACACCAAAUCUGAACGCAACAUUCUCGCAAACGUGGCCCGAAUCUCCCACCCGUUCCUGAUCAAGCUCCGGCAUUCGUUCCAGUCGAACGCGCAGCUGUUUAUGGUCCUGGAUUAUUACCCUGGAGGCGAUAUUGCGACCCAGUUGGCCAAGUGGCAUCGGUUUGAGCCUGAGAGGUGUUUGUUCUAUGCGGCAGAGAUAGUUCUGGGGAUUGAGGAACUUCAUCGCCAAGGCAUCGUCUACAGGGAUUUAAAGCCAGAGAACAUCCUGCUGGCGUUCGACGGCCACAUCGUCCUAACGGAUUUCGGUCUCUCAAAACAGUUCCCAACCUUCGCAUCCGCAUCGUCCCCUGACUUUACCGAGGACAAGACCAACACCUUCUGUGGAACGGCCGAGUACCUCGCCCCCGAGAUCCUCAUGGCGGCAGAGUACAGCUAUGCAGUCGAUUGGUGGAGUCUGGGCACUUUGCUCUACGAGAUGUUGUCUGGCAUCACCCCGUUCUGGGCUGAGAACCAUUCGCAAAUGUAUCAGCGGGUACUAGAAGACGAUCUGGAGUUCCCGGCGGACGUUGACCAAGACGCCGCCAGCUUCAUCGCUGGGCUGUUGGAACGCGACCCAGACCACAGGUUAGGUUCUCAAGGCGUCCAAUUUGUCAAAGAACAUCCAUACUUUGACCCUAUCGACUGGGACCUUGCCCUCAAACGCCAACUCCCUUGCCCAUAUAUCCCCGACCUCGUCUCUGAGGAGGAUCUUUCCAACUUUGAUGACGCCUUCUUGACAAUGACGCCGAGGUUGUCGCCAGGGAACCAUACACUGAGUAACAGUAUCCAGAACUGCUUUCAAGGGUAUUCGUAUUCAGAUAAUAAGCUGGGAACGACGCUGCCCAGGACUGAUAGUAAGAUUAAGUUGGAUCAUCGUGUUGGCGGUGGAGUUGGGACUGCGGGACCGAGUGGGUCGUAUAUUGACGGAUUUGAUCAGGAGGGUCCGAGUCCACAGACGAAUGGACACGGACACGGUAAUGGAAGCUAUCACCACGGCGCAAACGGGAACACAUUCAAGGGCAACAACCACUACCACCAUCAACCCUUACACCGCUCCCCGCUACAACAAAUGGACUAUGACAACAUGGAUACUGACGAUCUGACCAACCCCGCCGAAGACGACUUUGAAGAAGAAGACUUCUAUCGCGGACGACCCCUCACUCAACUCUACGCACCCCCAAGCGCCGCCAUCUCCUCCUCGUCUUCUUAUAUCAUCGAGACAAAAGCUCAACCGACCUCCCCAGCCCUGACACCGCCCACACAGUACCCGGAAGAUGGACGGAUGGUGGUCGUGGCGGAUCGGAUUUCGAUGAGUAAGAUGGGCGCCGCGGCGGAUAUCCUGAGGGGUGUGUCGGAAAGGAGUAGUAUUGACACCCAACGACAUAACAGUACGAAUUCCUCGCAUUCUAGUGGUACCAUCGGCCGGCGACUCAGUCGUGGUUAUGUGUAG